AUGCCUCGGUUGGCCUCGGCUGAUGGAUUAACCGGUUUGCUGGUGGCCCUGUCACUUUGGACUCCACUACUUCUUGGUUUGACAGUCUAUGUAUCUCACACCUUCCUCGUUUCCCUGCAGGUGGUUGCCAGCCAGGCUCAGGGCAAGUGUUAUGAUGGCCGUCACGCAGAUCAGCCCCUCAAUGUCGCCCAUUUCCAAGUGAUGUCUGAGCAGCCUGUCUUCAAGCAGAGAGUGGAGCCUCAGACAGUGACUCCUGAGCUUUUGUGUAACUUUCCCGUGACCGUGUACCUUUGCCCAUCAUGGGCAUCGUUUAAAGAAUGUAACCAGGAUCCGGCAGAGCUGCCCAUGUUUCAACGUGCUCGGACGGAAGGGACUGGAGUCUUCUGUUGGGGAGUGCUGGGAUUCUAUAUGUGGGGCUCGCAUCCAUGUGAAGAUCAGAUAUGGAACUGCACCACAGAUGGCCUUUGCAAUGGAUACCAAAAAAGUGAGCGCUUAUGUGCAGCAAGGCUGGAUCGUGCAGCCUACCCUUGUUUUUUUGAUCCUGACAAUGCUGAAGUGGGCAUCAAAGAUGAAAGAUUCACAUACUCCAUCCUUGCCGGCCUGGUUUGCGUUUUUCUGGGCCUCCUAACAUCAGCUUGCAGCUGCUUCUUGGUUUACUUUGCGACGGGCUCAUUUUAUCGAAACUUCGACUCAAUGUCUGACUUCUUUCAACAAUUCAGUCUCCUCACUUUGUUUUGUGGUCGGAACGCAAGGUUUGCGUAUGUGAUCAUAGCAGCGAUGUUGGUUAUAGUGUCACUGGAAGUCGUUUUCUUUGUGCUUCUGCUUCCUGGGCAGAGCUACUACAGCCUGUGGGGAGCACCUCAACUUGCGGAUCCGGUUUCUGUCCAACUCUCUCAUGUUCCACAUGGUGCAGAGCAUGCGGUGCCAUUGGGCUUUAACCAACCAUCCUUUGGGGCCCGCGUCUUGCGCGUCUUUAUCCUGGUUCUUCAGAUCUAUUUGGGCAUAGCCAUGAUUGGUUUGUGCAUUUGGGCCGGCUUCAAAUGGCACUCUCGGCAGAUUGGACUCCUUGGACCGCGUUCGGACAGGUUCAAGCUUAUGAAACAGAGCUUGGACGCAGCACCACCGGCCUCCGAGGUGGCCGCUCGUUUCCGCAACCCUUCCAGUGCCCUGGCGGGACGGGAGAGUGAGGAAGGACAGGAAUAUUUGAGCACAUCAGAGAAGAUCAAGUAUUUUCAGAAGCUGCUGAAGACGCAGGCUGAGGAAGCCUCCCGUCUCCCGGAAGACCGGAAUCUGUCGGAGCGCUUCCAGCAACUGACGCCCCAACGCAUCGACUUCAGUUGGAGGGAUGCGGUGAAAGGACCAGAAGUUGCAGGAUUUGGAGGCUGCAGCGAUAUUGCAGUGGAAGCAGCGCCAUCUGCGGCGCCAUGUGUGGCGAUGUCAAAUGAGAUACCUCAAGAGGAAGUGCCGAGAGGUGCCGUUGCUGAAGCUAUUGACAGCACCACAAGUGCCACAGCCUCUGCAAGUGCUGCAAGUGCUGCAAGUGCCGCAAGUGCCGCAAGUGGAACUGAUGGCCAAGUGCGCCUGCCAGAGACAGCAGUCCGCAAGGCAGAUCGAUGUGUAGAAGUGUCUCCUUCCACUCGCGCGUCAUCAUCAGAUGCCGGGUAUGCGGCCGACUUGCAAGGGAAGGCGGCCGCAGCCUCGCCGUCCGCAUUGUCGGAGACGCCACGCGCGGAGAUCGCCGCCCGGGCGCGCGAAGCGAUGCAGAAACGACAGGAAGGGACUCCGACCUCCCGUUCGAGGAAGCAAGGCGAUCCAAGACGCAAUGAAUUGGCUGCCAAAGCCUAUCAGAGAUAUCACGAUGUGUGGCAAGUGAGCUGA